AUGGCAUCCCUUCUCCGUCGGCUGCGCUCCUCGUCUCCGUCGCUGGUGCGCGCGGGCGGAAAAGACGACGCCGCGGCAGCCGACGUGUUUCUCGUGCAAAUUAUUGCAUUUGGGGAGGUCUUCGCCAUCCCCGUGUGCAAGACGACGCCGGUCACGGUGGUCCUGCGCCACGCGAUGGAGGCGGCGGUGACAGAGGAGCAGGCGGCGGAGCUGGGCAGCGUGAAGGCGACGCUGUACUACAAAGACACGCCGCUCCGGCUCGAUGCGGCAAUGAAGAAUGUCCCACGCAACGCUGUCCUCCACCUGCACUCGAGUGUGUUUACCACCUCCUCCAUUGUCCGCGAUCGUCGGGAUGGCGUGGUGUCGAUGCUGCCGGACAGUCGCCGGCGGGAUGCCAACACGACGGUCACGGUGCGGCCCUGCCUGCGGAGCAAGAGCGUCGCCGGCGGUGGCUUUGAGGGCUCCGGCACCCCCUCCUCUCACCGACUCUCGUCUGGCUUUGCGGGCCUUUCUUCGGAGGUCAGCCCUAAUACAGAGCGGCAGGAGAGCCCCGCGGGCGCGAGACUCGGUAGCAACUCCGGGUCUGCCUCCUCCGCCUGCCACGAGGUGGGGCUGAUGGGUAUGGCGACGCUGCCGUUGAUGUCUACCGCCCCCGUCGCAGCGACUACGGAGACCGGCGUCGUGGGUGAGGCGCGAUACUACUACUUUGUUCCCUGCACAGGUGCCGUGACGCGAACUCCGAUACAGCUGCUCAGCACUCCGAACCGCACCGCGUCAGCGCUGUCGCUCAUGGCGAGCGGCCGUCGCGACAGCGCCGUUGACUUCGCGAACAACUUCCGCUUCCCUCCGGCCGGUGUCAGCCCUCUCGACACUGCCGCCAUCGCCGUGGCUGAGCCGUUGUUGUUCUCCCCUAUCCCUUCGCCCCCCAACGCGGCUGCCGUCGCCGCCACCGACCGCCUCAUCGGCAGCAGCGACAAGUACUUGCUCGUGUACCUGCGUCUGCCGCGCGACAAGGCAGCCGCCUGCAUGUCUGCCGCCGCCCUGAACGCUGACCGCAAUGUUCUCGCGGAGGCAGUGGGGGUGGACGAGGUGCCGGUCGAGGCACUGCUGGACGCGACCAUGUCGACCGUCGCCACCACCAAAUCCCGUGCCACCAGGGCGUGCGCAUACCGCCGUCUGCGCGUGCUGCGGGACUUCCCGGUGGGCACACUGCGCGAGCUGUUCGCUAUGGCGGCCGAGCACCGCCUGCACGUUGCUCACGUCGAAGUGGAGGAUGAGCAGAAGACCUUCCGCGAGAUGCACGUGACGCCGAACACCGUCUUCUACUUCAAGAGGCGAGUCGAGGCAGGCAGCAACGCAGGGACGGAGCUGAAGAAUCCCCAGCGCUCUCUGACACGCGAGCGCAUUUGCGAGCACAUCGCUGCCACCGUGACGGUGCAGCAGCCACAGGAGAUGGCGAAGGACAACAGCAGUGGUGAGAGGCGCCCCAUCCCUUGCCACAUCGAGCCGGUGCGUCCUUCGGUGGACCGGCCCGUCCCUUCCGCCUCUGCACCCGUGCUCUCCGGCACUGCGCCGAGCUCUCGCGCCCACAACCGCAGCCAAGGCAGCGCCAGCAUCAGCACCACCUCCAGCGCCCUCUCCAUUCAGGUGUGCAUCAGUGCCUUCAACGAGGGCAUUGCGCACAACCUCACCUACGGCGCAGGGCAGCGCGUCUGCGUGGCGGACGGCAGUACGGAGACGGCCUCGGUAGCUGCGUCCACGAACCGGCACGUCGUGGAGGGCCACGAGCUGACUCUGUCUUUUGCCAUGGCCGCCGAGGAGGCCGCGCUGCGCACUGAGGCAGAGACGACGGCGCAUCAGCAGUUGUCCCAGCAACGACACCGCAGCACAGAGCGCGACGACUCACUGCCUGCCAUUUCGCCAGGGGAUAUCGAGGCGGCGGAGACGGAGGAGUCGUGCAUCGACGUGGACUGCUGUUUGACAGACGAAGGAGAAGAGGCAGCUGCUGCCCCACCCACUGCGGCGUGUCGUGCUGCUGCACCCCAAGCUGCUUCCGUGCCACAGGGCACUUCCACGGCUGCCGCCGCUGCUCCCGCCGUAGACGCUGCGGCAUCGCAGCAGACGGCGAGGAAGGCGCAUCUCUUGCACCGUCGCUCCCCAACCGCGGCGGCGGCGAAGGAGAAAACGCGCAGCGAAGCACUCCAUAGCGAGGAGGAGGUGUUGCCCAAGGGGAGGCGGGCGUCGAUGCUGGUGGCUAAGAUGCACGCCCUACUUGAGCACCGAACCACAAGCACCCCGGUGUCCGCGGCCCUGACCCCACCCCAUCACGUUGGCGAGGGGCCGCAGCCGCUGUCCGCGACCGAUGCUCUGCGGCCGGCCGUCGUCGCCAGUGAGCCGCUCGAUCCGUUCGCCGCACGCGCCGAUGAGCUCCCGCUUCGUCUACUCCAUACCACUGACGAGGCAGCCGACGCAAAGCCGAAGCGGAAGCCGUCGAAGGAGUCGAACGAAGAACCAGCGAUUGGCAAGAGGGCAACGCCGUCGUCUGAUGGCGCCCCAGCGGUGAGCCGCACAGCCCCGACGGGGCCGCCGAUAGCGAAGAUGAAAGUUUCUAAGAGCGCCUCGCUCUUUCACCCCGUGCGACGGAUGUCGUCACACGAGCGCAGGGCGCACGGUGCCAUCGGGUCUUCCUCGUCCGGCAAGGAUGCGUCCAUCACCACCCCGCUCGCCGCCACGUCGUCGUUGACGCCGUCCGCCUCCGAGGAGGUCCUGAAGGUAUCGGGACGCGACUCGGCGCACCUCAGCAACACGAAGAAGUCAAAGGGACCAGUCGAGACAACGCCAGCUGAAACCACCGCCUGGGUGCCGUUAUCCGCGGCGAGAGCAGCCGCCACGGCCGAAUCGGCGGAGCAAGGUAAGACGAAGGUGGGGAACACACCUGGGCGACCGAAGGUAAUUCCAGAGAACGGCGGCCCCUCACGCGGUAGUGGCGCGUCGUACAGUCAACGCAAUCGCCGUGCGAGCGCGAGUGUGCCGUGCCAGCCUGUUGCCUUCCUAGGCUCCGAUCCUAGGCAAGCAUCCAGCAUCACUUUGCCCGCCGCAACGGCCCCAGCUGCUGUAGACAUCAGCACAACGCUUGAACCAGCCGUGCUCAGCUCCACACGUGUCCCUACCUCACCUGACUCCCAGACACCUGUGUCGAUCCUCGUCUCCUCCACGCAGCAGCAGCGCAGCGGCCGGCAGAGCAACAGCUGCACCCCCGAGAGCUGCUCACUCGAGCACGUAAACCCGACCCCAUCCGAGUGGCGGCGCAGAGAGGAGAGCGGGCCCCCAGGGUACAGUGUCGAGAGUCCCAGCAGCGCGCAUCGGCUGCGCAUCACCCUCAGGGACCCGCAGAACUCCACGCGCUUUCACUACGGCGUCCCCGUCGAGCCCGACUGUCCGGUUGGGGCGCUGCGGAAGUGGAUUGCGGCCAUGCAGCGACCGAGCAGCGCAGUGGGCGAGGGCGUGCUGGACCUGCGCGACGCGAAGCGCUACGGCAUCUUUCUGGGCGACAAGUACCUGCCCGAGGCGGACUCCGUCACCUUCGCUGAGGUGACGUGCGGUCGAAACGACAGCGUCUUUUCCAUUCGCCCCUUGUAG